GGCGGCUCCGGGUUAGGCGACACCAUGAAUGACUCCGGAGGCUGGGGGUCCGAGACCGCGAGCCAGGCGGGUGGAGUGGGCUGGCAGCCCGAGGCGGUCCUCGUGCCCCUGCUCUUCGCGCUCAUCUUCCUCGUGGGUACUGUGGGCAACGUGCUGGUGCUGGCGGUGCUGCUGCGCGGCGGCCAGGCUGUCAGCACCACCAAUCUGUUUAUCCUCAACCUGGGCGUGGCCGACCUGUGUUUCAUCGUGUGCUGCGUGCCCUUCCAGGCCACCAUCUACACCUUGGACGGCUGGGUGUUCGGUUCGCUGCUCUGCAAGGCAGUGCAUUUUCUCAUCUUCCUCACCAUGCACGCCAGCAGCUUCACGCUGGCUGCCGUCUCCCUGGACAGGUAUCUGGCCAUCCGCUAUCCGCUGCACUCGCGCGAGCUGCGCACGCCUCGAAACGCGCUGGCAGCCAUCGGGCUCAUCUGGGUGCUGGCGCUGCUCUUCUCCGGGCCCUACCUGAGCUACUACCGCCAGUUGCAGCUGGCCAACCUGACAGUGUGCCACCCAGCGUGGAGCGCGCCGCACCGCCGCGCCAUGGACCUCUGCACCUUCGUCUUCAGUUACUUGUUGCCAAUGCUGGUUCUUGGACUGACCUACACGCUCACUCUGCGUUAUCUCUGGCGCGCUGUCGAUCCGGUGGCUGUGGGCUCGGGUGCCCGCCGCGCCAAGCGCAAGGUGACACGCAUGAUUGUCAUCGUGGCCGCGCUCUUCUGCCUCUGUUGGAUGCCCCACCACGCGCUUAUCCUCUGCGUGUGGUUCGGCCACUUUCCGCUCACGCGCGCUACUUACGCACUGCGUAUCCUCUCACACCUGGUCUCCUAUGCCAACUCCUGCGUCAACCCCAUCGUCUAUGCACUGGUCUCCAAGCACUUCCGCAAGGGCUUCCGCAAGAUCUGCGCAGGCUUGCUGGGCAGCACGCCGCGCCAAGCCUCGGGUCGCGUGUGCGUUCCGGCACCUGGCACCCACAGUGGCAGCGUACUGGAGCGCGAGUCUACCUACUUGACGCAUGUGAGCGAGGUGGCUGGGCUCCCUAUCCCUGCCCUGGAUCUUCCCAGCUGCACAGCCCUUGGCCCUUCCCAGGACCCAAAGACCCUCAACAACAUCCUGACAGUUAAUGUGACCUGA